AUGAUCUCGUCACUCCUGUCCCGGUCCUCUUUCGUUCGAGGUGCAGCCCGCGGCUUCACCUCGUCGGCCGUCUCCCUCGACGCCAGCGCAAAGCUCAACAAACCAGCUCGCUUCGCACAGCCCAUCUCGGCCUCGGACAUUCCCAAAGGCUUCGUCGUAUCCUCCACGUAUGCCGGCAUCAAAGCUGCCAUCUCGCCCAAACCCGUCGAUCCCAACACCUCUGCAUCAUCCGCCGCGACGAGCAACACAAAUCCCAAACCAGACCUGGCGCUGAUCGUAUCGACCGUGCCGGCGGCUGCAGCGGGGACGUUCACGCGGAACGUCUUCAAAGCUGCACCCGUGGUCGUCUCGAACCAAGUGCUUCUGGAUGGUGCGAACAAGGAGGAGGGUGCGCGGGUGCAAAGCGUUCUCGUCAACUCAGGGUGCGCAAAUGCGGUAACGGGCACGCAGGGUAUGCAAGACACCAAAUCGUGCGUAGAGCUGGUCAAGAAGCACCUUGCACCGCAUCCCGGUUUGGCGCAGAAUUCGGAGGGACGUGAAACUCUCCUGCUGUCAACAGGCGUCAUCGGCGUCCCGCUCCCCAUGCCGGCCAUCAAACGAUGCAUCCCACACCUCUCCAACGGAAUGAUCCUUCGAAGCGAUCCCGAAUCGUGGCGCGAAACAGCCCGUGCAUUCAUGACCACCGACACCUUCCCUAAACUGCGAGCCAAGACGUUCAAGCUCGGUGGGCAGGACGUUCGCAUGAUCGGGAUCGACAAGGGAGCCGGCAUGAUCCAUCCUGCCAUGACGGGUCCCGCUGUACCGGCGGCUGUGUCGAGUGGACAGUUGCACGCGACCAUGUUGGGUCUGAUCGCUACGGAUGCUGCCGUCCAGCCGAAAGCGUUGCAGGUGGCGUUGAAUCGCGCGGUAUCCCGAUCGUUCAACUGCAUCUCCGUCGACGGUGACAUGUCCACCAACGACACCAUCAUCCUCCUCGCCAACGGUCAAUCUUCUCCCACCUCCCACUCCGAGAUCGACGAAUCCAGCCCUGACUUCGAAGCGUUCGUCACCGAACUCACCGCCUUCUGCCAGGAACUCUCCAAACUCAUCGUACGGGAUGGAGAAGGAGCCGAAAAGUUCGUCGAGAUCACCUGCACCAACGCACCCUCCUACGCUGUCGCCCACGGCCUGCUCUCGCGCCUCGUCACGUCGAUGCUCUUCAAAUGCGCGAUACACGGCCAGGACGCCAACUGGGGUCGAAUCCUCGCCUCCGUCGGCGGAGCAGAUCCCACUCUGACAAAGGACGUCGAUGCUGGCAAGGUCUCGGUCAGCUUUGUCGAUCCCAGCGGAGAGUUGGGUGGCGUCACCGUGCUGCAGGACGGCAAUCCGGUCAAGGUGGACGAAGCAGAGAUCGUCAAGUUGCUCAAGAAGGAGGAUAUCAAGGUGGUGAUCGAUCUGAAGAACGGACAGGAGGACUGCACGUACUGGACGUGCGAUUUGAGUAGGGAGUAUAUCGAGAUCAAUGCCGAUUACCGCUCGUGA